AAUAAACUCAACACGUCACCUGCAGGGAAGGGAAGGGAAGGGAAGGCAGCACCCGAAAAGAAAAAGGGAAACGAAAGGCAAGGAAAAAUGCUCAACUCUGUAGCAAUAGCAGCGUCAUCUUCUUCUUCUUCUUCUUCUGCUUCUCUCUCUCUUCUCAUCCCUUCCAUUUCCCUCUCUAGAACCUUCCUCUUUCCUCUCCCCUCUCGCCUCCCCUCCGCCUCCAAGCCCCGCCCUUUCCCCACAACCGCCCGGCCCAUCUCCUCCUACAGGCCCCCCAUGAAUAUCCUCAACAAGCUCGGCUUCGGGACCCGGGCGCCCGACCCCUCUUCCAUGGAUUCUUCCAUCGCCCAGGGCCCCGACGACGACGUCCCGGCCCCCGGCCAGCAGUUCGCCCAGUUCGGCGCCGGAUGCUUCUGGGGCGUUGAAUUGGCUUUCCAGAGGGUGCCCGGCGUGACCAAGACCGAGGUUGGGUACACUCAAGGGUUCCUCCACAAACCCACCUAUGAGGACGUCUGCACCGGGACCACCAACCACUCCGAGGUCGUCAGGGUUCAGUACGAUCCCCAGAAGUGCAGCUACGACGCCCUCCUCGAUGCCUUCUGGGCUCGCCAUGACCCCACCACCCCCAAUCGCCAGGGGAAUGAUGUGGGGACUCAGUACCGAUCCGGGAUAUACUAUUACACGCCUGAACAGGAGAAGGCAGCGAAGGAGUCCAUGGAGAAACAGCAGAAGCUCUUGAACAGGAAGAUCGUUACUGAGAUUCUUCCUGCCAAGAAGUUCUACAGAGCCGAAGAAUACCACCAGCAGUACCUGGAGAAGGGAGGCCGAUUUGGUUUCAAGCAAUCUGCCACUAAGGGAUGCAACGACCCCAUCCGGUGCUAUGGGUAGAACAGAGCUGUAAACAUGUCAUCCCGAGAGGCGUCUAUAGGAGUGAUGAUCUAUCUUUGGAUUGUCCAUACUUUCUCUUUGGUAAAACCGCGGUUGUUACCAAUAAUACUCUGAUGUGUGUUGAAGCUCUACUAGAACAAGAUGGGCGCUAUUCCUAUUUGCUUAGUUUCUGAAAACGGGAGUUGUAAUUAGCAGAACCCAAUUCCUAUCUGCAUCGCAUGUACAAUAAUAGAUCAGCAGUGCUUUGAGUUUCAUUUUAAGCUAGACUACUCGUGUGUGUAUUCAAGUUGACACUGUCUUUCUUGGGUUU